AUGAGUCCAGCACUGGAUUGCAUGAAAAAGUCCAAUAUUCUAACAGUUCUAAUUACUGGGAUCUACCUCAGGGUGGGGAUGGUUGUCUUUUGUGGAAGUCUAUGGGAAGGAAGGAACUCAAAUGUUCCCAUGACUCAUGAUGAUGUUGCUCAACAUGCAUGGGUUUUGGAAAGAAUCAGCAGUUCCAGGUUAAGGUUAACCCUGGGUCUUGUGAGCAUGGCAAGGGGAAAACAUUGUCAGACAGGGACUGGUGAAAGGGAAAUACUUGACACUUCUCAUUCGCCUAGACUUUCUGGCAAGGUCACUGCUCUUGUCGUCCAGAUAGUUUUGGUGGAAGGGAGAUCUUGA